GUCGUUACUAGGCAGCGUUAACGGAGUGCCAGACAUUAGCAGAAAAGUAUCUUCGUCUAAAAGAUAACUCUUCACCUAUGCGCAUACUUACACUGUUAGGAAUGUAACAUUUUCACGACAGUUAGUGAAUGUUGAUGGAAAAGAAAUGGCUGCACCAAGCGACAUUCGGGAUAAACUGCGAAAGAAACGGCAGGCCUUGCAAGACACUUUGGUAAAAAACAAAAACAAGGACGACAGUCAGGCUCUGGUUCCGUCCGCCAAGUUCAAUGUGGAGAAGCAACCGACUGCAAUGAAGGAAGCUGAGGGCAGCGAUGAGGAUCCAGGAGAGACUCUGAGACGCACACUGAGAGCCCAGAGAGAGAAGAGGAAGACAAAGUUGCUGGGACAGGAUGAGGAUGCUGGGGAAGUUUCCCCCACUCAGUACAACAGUCCAAUCGAGGGACCAUCUAGUAGGAUGGAUGAUUCUGUGGUUUCUACAAGACCUCCCACUAGUUCUCAGAGAGGAGUCUCUGUGAAAUCUGAGCAGCCCUCCAGCUCUCUGCAUUUAGACACUUUUGUGACACGGCAUUUGCAAGAGAAGCUGAGAGCAGCCAGGUCUAAAGGAGAGAGCCUUCAGCAGCAGGAAACGUCAGAGGAUUCCAGUGAGCCGGUCAGUCGACUCCAGCGGCUCAAAGACAGAGACACCAUAACAAGAUUCGAUAGAGAGGCUCAUCCAGUCAGUUCAGGAAGACACGACGACCCCCUGACCCUUGGCACCAGAAUCAAGUUUCGAGAGAGAGCAGAAGAAGACUUCCCAACUGCUGAAGAAGCAUACAAUUUCUUUACAUUUAACUAUGAGCCUGAACAACGAAGUAAGCCAGAGAGUAAGAGCAGGAAGAGACAAAAACAGAGAGACGGAGUCGAGGAGGACGACAGAGAUGAAAACGGACAAGAGGAAGCCGAAGAGGAAGAAGAGGACGAAGCAGAGGACGAAGCAGAGGAAGAUAAUCAAGACCAAAAUGAGUUCCAGAGUGAAGAAGCUCCUCUGGUGCGAAAUGAAGACGAUUUAUUCGUCAUUGACCAUUCACCUCAGGACUUUGUGGAAAUGAGGAAAGCAGAGUAUGUUGGGCGCAAAAUGCGCGUCCAACGAGACCGUGAACUCCUGUUUACACCGAGCUUUCUAACAGUCCCAACCUCCGUCAAGCUGCCCGAAAACAUGAAGCCCCGCUUUCUGGAGGACGAGGGUCUCUACGUGGGACAACGGCCUGCCGUAUCUUUGACCAACGAAAACAUUUCAGAGAAUCGCAUUUUGAAAAUGGCUGAGGGAAGCAAAUGGUUUGGAGAUGAUGGGAAGAUUCUUGCUCUGCCUGACCCCAUAAAGGAAUCGUCCACAAGGCCACCCCUUUUCCACAUGGAUGAAGAGCUGGAUCCUGCUCUGCAAACAGUAUACAGGAAGGCUAUGAAGUCCCAGUAUGCAAAUCUGUACAUUGCUGGUGCCACAGACCCCGAGGGAGACUACCAGCUUGACGUUGAUGUCUCCGGGCUGAUCUUCUCCCAUCAUCCUCUCUUUAGCCGCGAACACGUCCUGGCAUCGCGGCUAGCUCAGUUGUACGAUCAGUACCUCAGCAGGCAACAGAAUAAUCUCACAGGGCACCUUACCGAGAAGUUGAACGGCCUGAGGAAAGCUCUGCGGAACAUGAUGAGGAUCCACGGUGAGCAGGGCUCCUCCGAGGCCUUGCAGCACAGGAUUUCUGAGUACAGUCUAGAAGUGAGGAACACUCGGCAGCUGCGCGACUUGGAGCAGGAGAAGGACAGGACUCUGCUGAGGAGCAUCAUUAAAGUGUGGAAGGAGAUCAAGUCAAUGAGAGAGUUUCAGAAGUAUACCAAUACACCUUUUAAGCUUUUUCUCAGAAGGGAGAAUGUAGAUCGGGCUUUGGAUGAGUGGGAGUAUGAAGGCGAAAUCCUGAAAGAAGUUUUGGAACUGGAAGCAGAAAGUGAGGAGCAGUACCAAAAGAAGCUAGUGGAGUAUAACAAGCAGCUGGAAGAUUGGAAACUCUGGAGGAAGAAGCAGAAAGCCAAGCGAAGAAAGAAGAAAAAGAAAGGCCAAACACAGGACGACACAGAAGAAGAAGAAGAAGAAGAAGAAGGACAGGAUCAGGAUGAGACUGAGUCAGAGGAUCCGUCUGAGGAAGAACGCGUGAAACCAGAGGUUCCAGAAAGGCCGGACAUUGAAUCCCUGGAGCGGUGGGUGAGAGAAAAAGCCUCCAGGAUACGUAGGAAACCAGGAGAGGCCAUUCUGGUCCCAGACCUGUCAACAUCAGGAGGCGUCACAGCCAGCGAUCUCUGUCCCAGGGCUGAAAUAGCUCGCCGGGAAGAUGUUUCGAGGCGCUCUCUUUUCAUCAAGAUCCUUUACAACUACAAGGAAGUUUCCAGAACAGACAGUCGCUCCCUGAGCGCCGACUUCAGGGUUCACUUUGGACAAAUUUUCAAUCUGAAGGUGCUCAACUGUCCACACAGCAUUAAUCUGCAGGUGUUUGAGGAGAUUGGGUCAUCAUACUCCCUGCUGGCUCAGGUGUUUGUUCCUGUACCCGACCCUUCAGUCGUUACAGGCAGAGCCCCUAUUGAGGAAAUUGAGUUCAGCAGCAACCAGCACGUGAUGUUUGAUCACGAGGGAGUUGGAAGUGAUGUGCCGCUCUCCUUUGAGUCCGAUGGCAGCAACAAAGUGACACUGCUGACGUCCGGAAAGCUGUCUUGCUGCGUGUCGUGGGGUAUCGGGGAGGAGGGUGUCCCACUCGCACCGCCUCUUUCUCAGCAUCCUGUUGGCGCACAUAGAGGGCCAGGCCGUCUGGAUGCUGUCUCAUACAUCGGGGCGACCGGAUUGUAUGACAUGAAAAAGAUCGGUGAGUGGGCCAUACAGUCGCGACUGGACCCCAACGAUCCCAAGAACACCUCCAUCAUCCAUCUUCUGAAAGUGGCGACCAGUGGCGAGGUGACUGCUCCCGACUACUUUCGCCUUGAACACCUGCAGGAGGAGUUCAACUUUGUAAGUGAUGAGGAGAUAGAGAAGUCCAAGAGGUUCCGCCUGCUCAGGCUGAGGAACCAGGAGGCUCCCGAGUUUCGCAAUUACAAAUUUGUUCCUCUUCUGGAGAGGGAGAUCUCUGACAAGGUUUUCCAGGAUUAUGAAAAAAGACUGAAAGAGGGGGAGACGGUUGACACCAGGCAACAUCUGGAUCCUCACAGAGCUAUUGUGUCCAAAUACCUUCAGCAGAUACGAGAAUUGGUCAUCAACAGAUUUCUUCUCACCAAACAUUACUACCAACUGUCCGACCUGGUGAUCGAAGAAGAGAUACCAAGCAUUGGCAUUCUGGGAAUUAACCUGUUCAAGCUGGCUGAAUCCAAACGGCCACUGAAACCUCAAAGGAAAGAAAGGAAAAAAGUCACGGCACAGAAUCUGUUGGACGGGGACAUCAGACUGCUCGUUAACGUCAUCCGGGCCCACAACAUCCCGAUCCGCAAACCCCAGAGCAGCAAACCGAGACAGUCUUCUCAGGGUGCCGUCCAGGGCAGUGAUUGGUACCUCAGCCAGGUACAAGUAAGGCCGUUUGUGGAAGUGUCCUUCCAACGCACGGUGCUCCAAACAACCACAGCCGACGGACCGAAUCCGAGCUGGAAUGAGGAGCUGCAGCUGCCAUUUAAUGCUCCAAAUGGGGACUACAGCACUGGCAGUUUGCAGUCUGUCAAAGAUGAAGUCUUUAUCAACAUAUUUGACGAAGUGCUCUUUGAGACUGGACCGAGCGACAAAUCGAGGGCGGCGUCCAUUCACACGCAGAUAGAGAAGCACUGGUUGGGCUCGGUCAAGAUUCCCUUCAGCACCAUUUACUCUCAGUCAAAGAUCGACGGCGCGUUCAAAGUGAACACGCCGGCCGUGCUGCUGGGGUACAGCAGGGAGCACGGCAGCACCAGUGUGUAUGAUCAGUGGCGGAGCACACAGGGCGGGACGUUCAUACGGCUCUUCAUCACUGUGGAACCUCAGCUGGUGCCUGGAGAGUCUGUUAGAGAGAAGAUAAAGGAAGCAGAGUUCAACAGUGAGGAGGAUGAGCGCCUGCUGCACGCUUCAGAGAAGUUUGAGAAACACGCAGCUGAAAGCUAUCCGGGCCGGCCCUGCAUCACCACGGUCAUCGACCUCAGCGGAAAGACGGUCUUCAUCACUCGUUACAUCCGACCGCUCAACCCGCCGCAGGAGUUUCUGGAUGCGUUUCCUAACAACCCCCAGGAAGCCACGACCCUUGUUGCCCGAUAUGUUUCCCUGAUUCCUUCUUUGCCAGAUCAGGUUUCCUUCUCUGCAACCUGUGACUUAUUGAGCAAGUGUGACGAAUUCCUGACUCUACUGGCCGGAGAUGAGCAGGAACACGCCGUGUUGUUGUGCAACUUCUUCCUUUUUUUGGGAAAGAAAGCAUGGCUCAUAAUUGGCACAGCCAUACCAGAGGGACCAACAGCAUAUGUUCUGACCCAUGAGCAGAGUGGCUACUUCAUCUGGAACCCCAGCAGUGGGCAGUUCUAUGAGAAGGGCGACACUUUCUGCCCUCUGCAAACCGUUGGCUGCUUGGUUAAUUCUGACAACGUUUGGUUCAACAUUCAGAAAAAUCCUUCACCAUUACACACCAACUUUGACAUCACCAAGGCCAAAAUGUGGAAACCGUUUUUCUCCCGCUCCUUCUCCCACCCGGGGCUGUCUAGUGUACAGCCAGAGGAGUUAAUGUACCGCCAAACAGACAAAGCAGCUGCAGCAGAGCUUCAGGACAGAGUUGAGAAGAUACUAAAGGAGAAGAUUAUGGAGUGGCGCCCUCGUCACCCAACUCGCUGGAACCGGUACUGCAACACCACCCUGAAACAGUUUCUGCCCAAACUUGAGCAGAGUCGUGGUCAGGAUGUAGCGGAGGGCCACCGCGUCGAGUUGCAGAACCUCCUCGGAGACUACAGGAUCUCGGGAUUCCCCCUCCAUCUGCCGUUUUCUGAGGUCGGACCCAUCAUAGAGGCGGUUCACAGCACAGGGGUUCACAAUAUUCACUCGUCCAAUGUGGAGUUUGCACUGGCCGUGUACAUACAUCCUUAUCCCAACAACGUGCUGUCUGUGUGGGUGUACCUCGCCUCACUCGUCCGCACAUGACAAAGACUGAAUACACUCCUUUCACUGUUGUU